CCAGCUAACUCAUUUCUCUUGUAUAUAACUCAUAAAUCACUAAAAUGCGAUCCGACGCUCUCCUUGGUCUCGCUACUUUCGGCGCAGUAGCCUCAGCAUUCUCACUCCCUGCCAACCUCAAAACCAUUUAUAAUAAUCACAAGUCGGGAACGUGCUCCAAGAAACUGUCAGGCUCUUUCAGUGGCGGAGCUUCAUACUGUGGCGACAUUGCAGGUGCUAUUUUCCUCAAGGGUAGCGCAGGCAACUAUGACAACCUGGACAUCGAUUGUGAUGGCGCCAACAACUCGGCUGGUGCUUGUGCCAACGACCCCAGUGGUCAGAGCCAGACCGCUUUCAAGGAUACCGUGAGGUCAUUCGGCAUUUCUGACCUCGAUGCCAACAUUCACCCGUACGUCGUCUUUGGCAAUGAGGGCGGCAAUCCAUCUUUCAACCCCAAAUCAGCCGGCAUGCAGCCUCUCAGUGUCAUGGCUGUUGUGUGCAAUAACCAAGUUUUCUAUGGUAUCUGGGGUGAUACCAACGGCGGCACAUCCACUGGAGAGGCUUCCCUCGCCCUGGGUAAGCUUUGCUUCCCCAACGAAGGCCUCAGCGGUGACAACGGCCACGAUCCUAAGGAUGUAUUGUUCAUUGGAUUCACCGAUCCCGCAGCUGUGCCCGGUAAGAGCGGCGCAAAAUGGACAGCCAAGAAUACCAACGAUUUUGAGAAUAGCAUCAAGGCUUUGGGAGACAGGCUUGUCGCUGGCCUCAAGGCUUAAAUCUUUGUCCUUGGGUAUACGAAAAACUCAUGAGAUACGACUUGAACAGCAUAUCACGCAACUGUGAGUAUAUAUAUGCAGUUAUACUAUGUAGUGCUGAAAUGUAUAUGAAGAAAAUACUAUUAUUUCAGUCC